AUGAGACGUUACAAGGCAAGCAGGGCAAGUUUUCGAAGCUUCUUUCUCGCAUUUGCCGGGCUACUUGGCAGCCACCGCAUAAUCACCAGUUUCCUGGUGCCGCUUGGGCACAGAGCGCAGAGGGGCACUGAAGCCGGGCACGAGACAGCGAGCCGAAGGCAUGUUAUCAGCCUGGCUCCUGCAGGCCUUGCCGCAGCAGGCGCGUUCCCGAUGCCGGCUGAAGCCGAAGAGGAUGCUCCCAAGCUCUCGGCAAGCUGGCCGGCAAAGGAUGGUGUGCAAUUUCUGCGUUUCUACGAAGAGCAGUACAAUGCUGAACGGGACGACACUCGGCGGACGCCUCAGUUCAUCAAGGCCAUCCAAGAAAGAAUACGCGGCCGCGAUGGCGUGACAGUGCUGGACAUUGGGACGGGCCCCUUCGCAUUGUUCGCUACUGUGGCCGCUAGGGCCGGUGCAAAGAAGGUCUACGCUGUUGAAGGCAACCCAGAGGCUGCCGACAGAGCGCGGGCCUUUCUCUUAGAGCAGGAGGAUAUUCCUGAAGGUGUGAUUGAGGUGAUUGAUGGAUUCUCGACUGCCGUGACCCUCCCAGAAAAGGUGGACCUGGUGUUCGCAGAGGUCGUCGGAGCCUUUGCCACUCAGGAGAACAUUCUGGCCUCUAUGAAGGAUGCGCAGAAGCGGCACAUGAAGGACCCCAGCAACCCGGAGAAUUACAUUCCUGCGAUCGUGCAGACUUGGACCGCUCCUGUCAGCUAUGCCCUCCAUCCCGUACUGGCUCCUCCAAAGUUCGAGAAGCUCCAGGGCCAGCCGCUGACCCUGAAUCCCCGGGACCGUACAUUGGAGUUGAUCUCUGAUCCCCAGGUUUUGGAGGAGAUCCGCUUUGGUGAGGGCGAGCUGCCAGCGGGGCGCUGGGAGCAGAAACCUCUCAACUUCAAGGUGAUGGAAGAUCGGCUCCGAGCCAACUAUGACCAGUACUUUGAGGCAUUGACGACUAAAGAAGAUACAAAGGCUGAUGCUGCCAGGCCUCUGGCAAAGCAAACAGCUGAAAGCUUCUCUGGCAUGGCUAUAUGGCCUCGGCUAGUCCUGGAUCCAGCCGGGAAAAUUGUGGUGGAGUCCCGCGGACUGAACGGCGAGCAUCAGAAGAGCCACUGGCCCACGCUGCUGGCGCUGAUGUCGCCAACACCGGUUCCUGUCCAGUCUGGCGACAUCUUAAAAAUCUCAGAGUCUGCGGAACUGGCGCGGGAUCUUCUGAGUCCCGUGAAGUACUCCUUCAAGGGAGAGCUCCUACGGGGUUGA